CAAAAACAUCAACACCAAAGGGUCUAGUCAAGUGGGCUUGCAAUCAGUUGUGCUCAAUCACGCCCAUAUCACUCAAAAGAACAGUCUUUAGCCUACCAGUCACCUCAAGGGCCCCUCCAGCCAACAGAAUAAUAUAGAGAUCCUUUAAGGGUUCUCGCGUAAAGUACCUUUAUAACACCAAACGACAAUAUCAACAAUGUCAAACGAUACCUCCUCUUUGAGAGAUGAAGUUGAGAAAUUGAAGAGCCUUUUACAAGAACAAAAAAAUGUCGCUUCUGCAAAUAACGAAAAUAUAAAUAAGAAGUUGAAUGAGUUUGUUGAAAGAGAUAAUACAAGAUUUGGCCAACUAAACACUGUGAUUGACUUGCUAAUCAAGGAAAACCAAGAAAUGAAGAAUAUUAUUCAAAAUCAAAGAUUUGUUAUUCAACCAAUCAACCCGUAUAAUAUCGGUCCAGGAAGUACAGAUAACAGUACAUCAGGUCCCUCAGGGCAAAUAAUUGGUGGUAAUCAACAACAUAUCCCACACCCACCUCCACCAGGUGCUGCUAAUACUAUAAAUCCUUUCCAAGAUCCAUCUUUUUUACCAAAUGGUGCUAAUGCAGCAGCCAAUCCCCAAGGUGUACCUCAACAAAGUCCAAAUAAUCAUCAUCCUCCUGCUCAAUCUACUCCACAUCAACAACAAAUACCUCCUCAGCAACAACAAAAUCUUCAUCAUCAACAGCAACAACAACAACACCAUCAUCCUGCUCAAGUCCCAAAUGGUCAUACUCCUGUCUUGGAUAACAAUUCAAUCAAUGAUCAUAAUGCUCAAAGUGGAUCAAUGAUUAGGUUCAUAAACAAUCAAUAUGUUGAUGAUACCGAAGCUCAAAUAAAUGCAGCUAAUAACCAUGGGACUUCAAAUCAUAACCAAAGAAUAGAUUUUGUCUUUAUGGAUCCAAGUGCUAAUAAAAGAAGUCAAUAUAGAGUUCAUUCAAAUUCGUUAGGUUCAUCAAAUGUUUCAGGAAGACAUGAUGAUGAUUCAAUGACCUCAGGUUCUGAUACCCAAAUAACUUUACCAACUAGUACAAGCACUACAACUACUGCCAAUAAUCCUAUUGCCAAUAGUCGACUACAAAGAAUAAAUAAUAGAACUGAUACUGAAUUUGAAGCUGAGAAUUAUGAUUUGAUUAUUCAUAAUGAUUUCAACAAAGUUGAAGAUGUUUAUUUUGAAUAUUACAAUAGUUUGAAACCUCAAGUGGAGAAAGUUUCAAAAGCUUAUAAAGUUAAAAAAAUUAGAAAAUAUCAAAAAAUUAAAGCAUUAGCUGUUAGAAUUGAUCGUUAUAAAAAAUUGAAAAAUUGUUCAUUAGAGGAAAGUUUUAAUUAUUUUGAGAAUUUAAGACUUGGAAACGAUAAUAGAAAAAAAUCUGUUGCUUGGUUAUAUAAUUCAUUACCUGAUGUUUUGAAAAAAGUUGGUUUAGAUGAUCAACUGAAAAAAUUUUCUUCAAAUCCAAAUGAUGAUGAUGAUUGAUUUUCAUUUCUUUUCAAGUUCCACUGUUUUUUUUCAUCUUAUUGUUCCUUUUGUCAAAAGCCCUAAUGCGUUAUUUCUCCAGGCUAAACUUUUUUAAUCGGUUUUCUGUU